AUGGUUUUGUUUGAUCUUACAGACGACUUUCGACAACUCGUGUCAAGCAAAGGAAUAGAAAUUGCUUCCCUAUUUGAGACCAAAAAGACCAAAAUUGGAAUUUUUUCGCAAGUAUGGAUUAAUCCUCAGAUUGUGGAGGAGCGGUCUGCUACUCUAGGUGUAAUCCGGGAGCGCAAGACUGCAAUCAACGCCAACCAUUCCAAUCUGUGCAAAUUUCGAAAUUCGACAGACAGCCCUUUGAUCAAUCUUGGCGAACUUGACUCCAGCAAAGAGUACCCUGUUCUCAUUUUGGGACAAUACACCUAUUGGGCCCUUAGCUAUAUAGACAACAGGGCAGGAUAUUUUGUCGAUGAUAUUCCAACUAUCCAAGUUGAAAGUGACGAGCUCAGCCAGACUCUUCGGUUGACUCUUUGA